AUAUUUAAGUGAAAAUGGCACUCAAUUUCCAUUUAAUCCAUGUGAUACUCUUUGCAUUCCUAUUUAUGAGACUCGUUUUUACUUUUGAGAUGCAAAUGUGAAAUCGACGUCAAAUUCGUCACUACAAUGCCUGUGGCCAGCGCCAUAUAGGGCUCUGCCUGUGGCUAACUGGCUGUGUUCGUCGCACACUGUGACGAUUGAUUGUUAUGAAACGUCUCGGAAGUGAUAUAUUUGACUUACCUGUCGAAUGAUACGGGAAGUCACGAAAUGACCCUUAAAGACAUUUUAGUUAGAGUUACAUUUGUUAUCCCAGAUACCACGUACUGCUAACAUUAGCCUAACAUCAGUUCCUCAUGCUAUCGUUAGCUUAUCAGUCCACCGUGUGACGUAGAAUAUGUGGGACGAAUGGACCUCAGUUUUAUUUCAAGUUUUAUUUAUGAUAAACUAACUUGUUCAUUGCAUGCUGCAUAGUUACUGAUUACCAGACAUUAGUUAAUAUGUGAUUGUUAGACUCCAUUGGACCUGACAACCCGCAGUUUCAUGCUGUACUCGAGUAUUUUUACAUAGUUUGUCCGUUAGUCCUUUUUUCCUGUCCUCCACUCUGUUUCUGCUUUGAAACAGCUGCUACAAUGCAUGUUAAAGAGGACAUCAUAGCCAUUUUAGAGCAGUUUGACAUCGGGAACAAAUUCUCUUCUCUACCGGUGCUACCCAAAGCCUCAGUGCUGAUCCCACUGAUGGUGAAGAAUGGAGAGCUGCACACCAUGAUGACCCUGCGAUCAAAAGAGCUGCGGACCAGUGCUGGUGAGGUGUGUUUCCCGGGUGGGAAGAGAGACCCCAGUGACAGAGAUGAUGUGGACACAGCUCUGAGAGAGGCCGAGGAGGAGAUAGGUCUCCCACCUGAAGAUGUUCAGGUGGUCUGUAGACUGGUCCCUAUCAUCAAUAAGAGCGGUUUGUUGGUGACCCCGGUGGUUGGCUUCAUAGACGAGUCAUUUUGUCCCUGUCCAAACCCAGCUGAGGUCAGUGCUGUGUUCACUGUCCCCCUGGACUUCUUCACCAGCGACAAGGACCACUAUGCCACCCAUGGUGUUGCCGGGACAAUGGGGAUGCUGCACUCUUUCCAUUUUGUGGACCCUGAUUCAGGAAGCCAGUAUCACAUAUGGGGCCUCACUGCCAUGUUUGCCAUACUGGUCGCUGCCCUCGCUCUCAAGAAAAAACCUGACUUUCAUGUUGCUUUUGACCCAGAAGAUCCAAUAUCCUUCUUCCAACAGGUUCUACACAGAAGAACGAGUAAACUAUGACCAGCUGUGUCCUGAUGCUUGUAAUGCAUUUGUGCCGAUACAAAUACCUGAAGCCAGAGUGUUUUAUAAUUGUUGUUCCUUCAUGUAUAGCCUUGUGAAGAUAAGAAUA